UAAACUACGGUUCAGUUCAUUGCAGGACGUUUUACUGAUAAGUAGUGAUCACUAGCCGUUUCGUGGUUUUUAACGAUCAGUUCCAGCCUAUUCAAAACCGUCAAUUGAGAUGAUAGCCGCGCAGGUUUACCCGACCUCCACCUGGUUCCAGUGGGCCAAGGAACAAGGAUCUUUCUGGAAAAUCGUUGCCCGCCAAGGCAACUUCAGUAUUCCAUUCGGUCCUAGAAUGUUGCACAAAUCGCGUAGUGCUGACAAUAUUGACAGUGAAUAUGUAUCCGUAGAAACAUGGAUCUCUUCAUCCUACCUGGGAAUGUUAACUGGAGUCCUUAUGAUAGUUUUUCUAUGUCAUAAACUCUCCCGUUUGAAAGAAGAUUUAUCAGACUCGAAGGCGUUAAAUUGGAUAAAAACCCUUACAACCGCCGAUGUCCGCAGAUUCUUCUUUGUUCUAGGCAUGUUUCUCGAGUUCGUCAUUCUAUCACCAAUCUUCGUCGCAAUCUAUUUCGGAUUCAAAUGCUACCGUUCGGUAAUCGGAGCAAUCCUGAAACGACGUCACGGCCCGCACUUCAAAGGUCUCCUAGAGGGAGCCGAUGUAGUGUGGGCCAUCGAAAAGGAUAACUCGCGUGGUAUGAUCAACAUAAUGGCAUACAUUGAAGAGACCGUAGAACAGCAAACUCUAAAAGAACACUUGACCAGCGCAGAGCUGCUUCUCGUUUUGCGGAAACGGAUAUCCGCUAGAUUGAUGAACUGUUACCAACCUCAUCCAAAAAUGUUCUGGAAACGAAACCUUGAGCUGGGUUAUUACUACUGGAGUGACCAGUCGAAUUUGACCGUGGAGGAUUACAUUCGUUACCUGGAUCAUAUACCGUUGGGAAAGCAUGGAAAAUAUAUAGACGAAUGCCAAUUACGUGCUUGCUUAAGUGAGAUCAGCAAUCGUCAGUUGCCUGAGAAUCAUACGUCCUCGUGGGAGAUUCUAGUUGGCAGGCAACCGCUGUUGGACGAUCAGCGUAAAAUGCUACGAUUUCCGAUCCUGUUCCGCGUACAUCAUUCCCUAGGAGACGGGGUGGCCCUGCUGCGGCUACUUUUGGAAGGGAUCGCCGACAAAGAGGUCCCGUCCCGAUGGAAGCGUCUGUCCAACUUCAAAGUAAUGAACAUAGAAUACAUCCUUAAGGAAGGAACAACUCAGUCCAUUCCGAAGGAAAGUGCCGUGAAAAAAUUAUUCAAGAAGAUUCCCAGCCCAAAAGAACUAUACGCGUGGAAGUGUAAGAAUUUUCAACUUCUAAAAACCAUCGUCACUGCUCCGGCAUUUUUCCACGACAUCUCCCGCCGCCAAGUAGAUGACAACUGUAUUCACGCUAGCAAGCUAGUGAACCAAAAGGUCGUCAGCUGGAUUCAUGAGGAGGAGACCAGCAAUACGCGCUGGGUAAGGGUAAUCAAACGAAUCAAGCAUCUAGUUCCCGGAGCCAGAUUCUCCGACACUUUUCUGACAGCACUAUCCAGCAGCCUGCAGAAGUAUUUCGUUCGUAAACAGGGAUCCAUCCCGAACAAUAUUACAGUGGUACUUCCGACUAGAAUCGAACAAGAGUUACCUCAGUUGAAAUUGCACAACCGCUUCUCGGCAGCCCUUCAAACAUUACCUAUCCGAGCAGGCAUUCAGCUUGACGAUCCUAAUCGGCUUCAAAAUCAUCUUAGCCGUCUAACGCAGAUAAAGCAACACUCGGAUAAUCUUCGCUCCUCACCGGAUUAUUUGAUCAACUACUGGAUCAUGACCUCGCUGGCUUGUCUGUUUCCGGAUACGGUCCUGCGCAAGAAGCUGACAAGCGCACACAGCACGCUGGCCAUUUCGAACUUGCCGGGACCACAGCAGAAACCUCGCAUCAAUGGGCACGAGCUGAAAAAUAUCAGCUUCUGGAUACCGAACAUUGGACAAACGGCCGUCGGGCUGGCACUAUUGACCUACGGAGGAAAGCUACAGCUGGGGAUUUUGGCGGACCGAGCGGUAAUUCAAAGCGAGGCGGAAGCGCACUCCAUUCUCGUUGAUACGAUCAACGAAAUCGAACUGAUGGGACAGAUUCUGGACGAUGCUUGAUGUAUGUGAUCGAUGUGAGAGAGGGAGAGGGUUGGAUAUGUUUCGAAUAGGGAAUAAUUUGACAUAAGCCUGUGAUUAGUGAGAAUUACUAUAUAAUAUUAUAAUAAGAUUAGUUCAGUUUUACUAGCUGAUAUUGCAAGCAAUUUCAUAUUUUAAUAAGAUUUGCAUUUCCUUUAUCCUCUUCAGAAAUAUUAAGUCUAGUAAGUGUUAAGUAGCUUUAUUGUUAUACUUCAAGUAUGUUUUAAAUGACAUUUGAUUCGCUUUAUUCAUUUUUAACACUACAAUGACUGUAAUAUCUGAAGUUCCUGCUACCAACUAACUAGUUCCGAUUAUUCAUGCCAAUGUUCAUUCUUAAUUGUUUUGUUGCCCAUUUUUGUUUCAGAGUAAACGAUGUUUCUUAUCUAGCCGAAUGGCUACAUUUUGGAACGCGAAACCUGAAAUCCUGUUGUCCCUAUGGCUGCAAUUGUUUUGGAAACAAAGCAAAGUUGUAACUAAGUACUAAAAUUCUGUAAAAAUCCAACAGUCGAAGUUUUGCACUCUUUGCAUUUCUUUUAUAUAUUUAUAUCAAUCUGCUUUUUCGUUGAACAUUUUAAAACUGGAGAAGCUGCAAAUAUACGUUACAAUGAGCAAUCAAAAAUUAAUCGAUGGUUGAUUACCGUUAGCGUCCGCCAAUGGGCGAGAAAGAAGAUUUCAACGUGCAUCCACACUUCGUCCAUUUUCUCCAAAAUAAAUACAAUUAUUGUCUAUCUGCAA